UGUUAUACUUAGUAAAACAAACCAUACUUGUAUAUACACACAUUCACUCACACUGAAGAUGCAAGAUGAAGAAAGGUACAUGACAUUGAAUGUACAGUCAAAGAAAAGGACUUCUACCCAAACAGCUCAACUUACAUUUAAAGAUUAUUCAGUGAUGUUGCACUGGUAUAAAAUCUUACUGGGAAUAUCUGGAACCCUGAAUGGUAUUCUGGCUUUGGCUUUGAUCUCCCUGAUCCUGUUGGUUUCUCAGGGAGUAUUGCUAAAAUGCCAAAAAGGAAGUCAUUCAAAUACCACCGAGCAUGAAGAUAUUGGAGACCUAAAAACGAAUAACGGCACAAGAAGAAAUACAAGUAAUAAGGACCUUUGUGUUUCGAGAUCUGCAGACCAGACAGUACUAUGCCAAUCAGAAUGGCUCAAAUACCAAGGGAAGUGUUAUUGGUUCUCUAAUGAGAUGAAAAGUUGGAGUGACAGUUACGUGUAUUGUUUGGAAAAAAAAUCUCAUCUACUAAUCAUACAGGACGAACUUGAAAUGGCUUUUAUACAGAAAAACCUAAGACAAUCAAACUACGUAUGGAUGGGGCUUAACUUUACCUCCUUGAAAAUGACAUGGACUUGGGUGGAUGGUUCUCCACUAGAUCCAAAGAUAUUCUUCAUAAAGGGACCAGCUAAAGAAAACAGCUGCGCUGCCAUUAAGGAAAGCAAAAUUUACUCUGAAACCUGCAGUAGUGUUUUCAAAUGGAUUUGUCAGUAUUAGAGUUUGACAAAAUUCACAGUGAAAUAAUCAGUGAUCACUAUAUUUGGCCUAUUAGUUUCUAAUAUUAAUCUCCAGGUAUAAGAUUUUAAAGUGCAAUUAAAUGCCAAAAUCUCUCUUUUCCCUCCGUCAUCGACACUGGUCUAGCCUCAGAGUAACCCGUUAACAAACUAAAAUAUACCCUUCAAAAUUUGUACCUGAUAGUAUAAACCAAUGUGACUUCAUGUGAUCAUAUCCAGGAUUUUUAUUCAUUGUUUAUUUUAUGCCAAAUGUGAUCAAAUUAUGCCUGCUUUUCUGUAUCUUGCGUUUUAAAUUCUUAAUAAUGUCCUAAGCAAAAUUUCUUAUUUCUAAGUGUUGAAAUAUAAUGUGGAUUUAUACAUUUUUUACCCUUUUAUCAAAGAGAAUUAACUGUGUUUCCAGGCUUCUGAUACUCUGCACUCAGCUACAAUAAACAUCCUGAAUGUUUUCUUAAA